AUGUUGGUCCGCUUUGACAUGUCUGAAUAUGCCGACAGUGGUUCUGUGCAGCGUCUCAUUGGAGGACCUCGAAGCUAUGAAGAAGAUGGACAGCUUACUGAUAAAGUAAGGAGCCAACCAUAUAGCGUUGUUCUUUUUGACGAGGCGGAUAAGGCGCAUCCCUCGAUAUUCAAGGUUCUCAUUCAACUCCUCGAUGAUGGCGUGUUGAUUGAUGGAAAAGGACGGAGCGUAUAUUUCAAGAAUACUAUCAUCAUCAUGAGCUCAAAUCUAGGAGCAGAGAACCUGUCAGCUGGAAUGGCCGCAGAAAACAUGGAAACUGCACGGGAUCUUCUUAUGGAAAAGGUUGAGAAACGGUUUAAGCCUGAAUUUAUCAACAAACUGAGUGAGACUGUGAUAUUUGAGCCGCUUUCGCAUGACGAACUGAGGGAGAUUGUGAAAAUCCAGAUGAAGAGUGUUGUUGCUAUGGCAGCUAACAAGGGCAUCUCUCUGUUUGCAUCAGAUGCCGCCUUGGACGUCAUUUGGUCAGAGUCGCACGACACGGUGUAUGGCGCAAGGCCUAUUAAGAGGUGGAUGAAGAAGAAUGUGACGAGAGUUCUCGUGGACAAGCUGGUCAAUGGAGAAGCAUGCCAAGGAUCGACCGUCUCCAUCGAUGCCGUCGAUGAUAGGAAGGGGCUGAAAUACCACGUACUGAAGUAG